UAAUGAUUCUGUUUUCUUGCAGAGGAUGUCGGGGUGGAUGGAGGACAAACAAACCUUUGACUGAACCUCUUCUCUGCGUUAGAGCAGCAGGGAGGAUCCGUCACUGUUGACGUUGGUGCAAAUUUGGGUAACUUCUUAUUUUAAUGGCUCCUGUAUUUAUUUUGUGGAAACUUUCCUCUUAAUUUCCUCCAAAUUGGCCGUUACAUUUCCAAGAAAGGGGAAGUUAUUCAGCACCUGACCACAUUCUUAAAAACAAACCAGUGAUGAAUCUGAUUCAAAGCUACUGACCGACAGAUUUCCGCAGAUCAGAGUUUAAAAUACUUCUUUAAUUCAAUCAUCUGAUUAUUUUUUUUCUUUCAUGUCAUUGAAACCAGUUUUCUCUUAAAAUCUCAACAAUAACAAACGUCUAUUUGCAUAACUGCAACUAUUUUUCUGCGGCUCUGAUUCAGUUGAACUAUUUUCCCUAUUUUAGAUAGAUAAAUAAAUAGAUAUAGAUAAAAGUCAAUGAUUCAAUAAAUUAAAAACACCACAGUGAAAACGUUACAGGUAAAAAUCCUAUUUUAAUAAGUGAAAUCAACAAGUCGUCCCAGUGGUACACAACUUACCUAUAAUUUACAGAUGAACAACAGCUGAUUGGGAGAGAAGAUACAGGAAAUGAAACAGCUGCAAAUUUGCGAUUUGUUUACCCAUCAGACAUUAAAGACCUGAAAUCAAUUGCAGAGAUUUCAAGCAACAAAAACAUUACUUUAUGUUUAACACCAAACUAUCAAAAAACAACUGUGAUUUUUUAAAAAUGUAUUUUAUUUUUUGCUGCAUCAUCCCAAAGUUUAUUUUGUCCAAACAAUUAAAAAUCUCAAAGCGUACGCGAAGAUUCACAGAAGCUUAAUGCACCACUACAUAAUAAUAUAGUCAUGUAAGGCCCAUUAGACCCCUUCAUGGCCGAUGUCACAGUGACAUCACUGCGUUGCUGGAGGCGAACACUUUCAAUGUCAACCGGGAAAAUGUUUUCUUGCUGUAUUUUUGUUUGUUAAAACCGAAAAAGCAAAAAGACUAACCAGCCGAUGCCAGUCGUAGAAAACUUUGGUUGAACACCUUUAAAAGAAAGGACUGAAGUGAGACAAUCGUCAACAACUCUCUGUUUAUAGCCACAUUUGAUAUCAGGCAAGAUUAAUAUCUAAUAUAUCAUCAUUUUCAGCCUGGAUAACAUUAUGGUUUCGAAUAAAGUGUGACUGAAAUAACUUUAAGUUAAUCAUUAUUUGGAGGAUUCUUGAUACAUCCCAGUGCUAAUGCUAACAGCUAGCUAACGCAGCGUUAGUUGUAUGGUUCAGGGGUGUCCAAGCAUUUACUAUGUCACCCCCUACAGUGGUUACUCUCACUUCUUGUAAUAUCUUUGUUGUAGAGGCUUUACUUGGUAAUAAUAGACCAGACUUCGACCUCUCUGUGUCCUCCUUAGGUCAAAUCGUCCAUCCAGUGAGUGAGAUUGUUUAGGGUUAGAUGAAUAUAAUCCCAUCAGUCAGUCAACUUUUUAAAAUAACACUCACAGUCUCGGGGAGUGAGUGUAUUAGUAUAUUCUGUAAAAUAUACAUUUUCCUCAUCCAUUCUUGCCAAAACAGUCCAUUGAAAUAUGCUAGCCACCGUUUACAAGCUCCUUUGCCUCCAGCUAAGCCCCGCCCCUCAAAAACGUCACUGUUUACAAACUGCGAAGGGAAGGAAGAUUUCAAGAAAAAUACACCCAAUCAUUGACCUGUAAAAUAAAGCAUUUCUCUGAUUUCUGACACAUUUGCAAAUAAUCAAAUGAUGUAAAUGACCCCGGGGGUGGAGGUGGAGGUGUAUCUUCAGUGACCGAGCCUGGACCGUCCUCUCUGCCGUGGCUAAUCCCUCCUCCUGUGACAGGUGGCAGCAGGAAGCUCUGCCCCUCUGAUCCUCUCCUCUGAGCUCCUGCUAACCUGUCCUCUUUUAACACAUGCACAGAGACAGUCAAACAAGCACACACACACCACCACCACCAGCAGCAGCAGCAGCAGCCAUGUUGACCCUUGUGGCUGCCGGCUCCGUCUUCUUCCCUGGACUCUUCCUCCUGUCCAAACAAACCCUGAAACGCCUGAUGGGAUGGAGCGACGGGGACGCCGCCGUCGUCUCAACGCGUCUGGUGUCGUCAGUCCAAGCCGUCAUGGCCUCAUCAGCCGGAUGUGUCAUCAUCUCGUCCUGCAGGGACGUCAUGGAGGACAGACACUGGCUGACCGACGCCUACAUCCUGUUCGCCACGCCGUACUUCGCCUACGACAUCUACGCCAUGUUUCUGUGUUACCGGCACAAGCUGCAGGUCAAAGGUCACGAGGAGGCGGGGCUGAGCGCUUCUGUGGCCGGUUACCUGCGCAGGGAGGUCCUCAUGGUGCUGCAUCACAUCUUCAUGGUGGCCUUCUGCUUCCCUGCCUCACUGAUGUGGAGGCAGGGUAAAGGAGAUUACUUCCAGGGCGUCUUGUUUCUGGCAGAGCUCAGCACUCCGUCCGUCAGUCUGGGGAAAGUCCUGAUCCAGUAUAAUAAGCAGCACACUCUGCUGCACAAAGUGAACGGAGUCGUCAUGCUGCUCACUUUCUUCGGCUGUCGAGUGUUACUCUUUCCAUACCUGUACUACGCCUACAGCAGGUAUGCAUCGAUCCCGGUGUAUGCGGUGCCCCUGGUGGCCCCGUGGCAGUGUAACCUGGGCACCGCUCUGCUCUGGCCCCUGCAGCUCUACUGGUUCACACUGAUUUGCAGAGGGGCUCUCCGUCUAGUCACAAAACGCUCGUCACCAGCUUUAAAACAUGGCGACUGCCUGCCUCCGACAAACGGCUGCUCAACCAAUCAGAUGGACAGACGCUGAGAAAGAAGGAUUAAACCUGAUGUGGUGACUUUAACCGUUAAAACAAAAAGGACAAAACCAGGGAGCUGGAAAGUGUUGCUCCUCAUUUGGUGUAAAGAUCAAAUCGAGAGACUGUGAGAAGAGUUUUGAGGAAGGUGCUGCUGAAACCUUGUGACCUCUCAUCCAGCUUUAAGUGGAAAAGCUGAAAAGUUACAGAAAAGCAGAAGAAAGAAGCCGACUGUGUGUAAAUGUUUGAGUUGUAGAACAAACAAAUCAGGAUGCAGGACUUUGUGAGGUUAAAAAAUAAAACUGUAAAGCCGAACAAUGCCAUCUGAUGUAAUCAGGUAUUAAAGCCAGAAAAGUAACUUCUGGGAUUAGUUCAAUUUAGUUUGGCUCAUAACAAGCUACUGAAUCCCAGUUUGAUGUCAGAAAAAACAGGUGUUCCACAAGGAUCGACCUUAGGCCCACUGUUGUUUGCUCUUCGCGUGCUGUUGCGUCAUCUUUUACAGUCUUGUCUGCCAUCAGCUCCACCUCAACCUGCUGUUGAUGACUUAUUUUAUUAAUGGAUUGCCUUGAACACAAAACACUGAUUUUGUAUUUUUUAUAAAAUAAAAAGUGAUGGCUUAAUAUGAAGAUCCAUUCUCUGGUUGUUAACAACAACAAAGCUUCACACAUUGAGGUUGUUUUUUUUAUCAUGUUCUUGUUAGUUUUAUUUCUACAACUGAUAUUGAUCUUUAAAUAUAUAUUAUAUAUAUAUAUAUAUAAAUAUAAUGUAAUUUGUUAAUAAUAUAAAUAUAUUUAACAACUGGUACCACUCAGGUUUUAUAUUUUUCACUCAAACUGAUCAUUUUUAUUUUAGAUCUAAACAGUCACAGUCCUCUAGAUUAAAUUUCUUAAUCUAUUUUACACAGUUUCUCUUGUUACGAUUUUAACUGAUAAUAUUUUCCAUUGGACGCUUCCUACAGAGAAGAAAACAUAUUUGCAUGUCUUUCUUCACGUCUUUAUGCUUUGCCUUUCCGUCUCUCUGCAGAGUUUCGUUGUUCUCAAUAGAUGCUCAAAUUGGUCAUUUAAUUGAUUUCUACUUUUUGAGUCCCGGACCUUAAGGCCACUCCACCACCCCACCCCCAAACUGACAGGGGGUGACGACUGCUUUUUUUUAUUAUUAUUUUUUGUGCAUAAUUUAUACAUAGAUUUAAACUAACUUCUAUAAAACAAAGUGACUGACUGAAUGAAUUAUCUUUUGUAUGGGUUUCAUGUCGUCGGGAGUUUCUUUUUAAAGAGGUUGAACCAUAAUCACCAAGAGGGGAGGAUGUCACUAAAAAUACAGGGUUGAGCUCUAUGGAGGGUAGUUUAAAGCCCUAAAAUAAAGAUUUUAUUAUCGAAUUUAAUAUAAAGAAAAACUGUCCAGCGAGGUUAGUUUGGUUAAAAAGCUUGUUUUUUUGUUUUUGAUGUUGCUUGUACACUCCAUUUGGUCCAGUUCAGUCACGAUUUCUGGUGUGUUGUGUUGCCUGGGCAAAGUUAAGAUGGGAUGCUGGGGGCAGAGAUAUAUCCACUGGGCUGUAGGAUACUUCUUCUUGAGUUGUAUGACAUUACUUUUUUUUUUUUUUUUUGUAGUGUUGUAGUGUUGGUCGUCUUUCUCAGGGGCAUUUCCAUGGAGUUUUCUGGUAGGGUUGCCUGUUCCCAGGAGGUUACUUUAGAGGCCCACUGGGUUUGUGCUUAAUCUCCCCACUGCAGAACCAAAUGAAGACUAGGGGUGAUUCUUUAAUAAGUUUGGCUUGUUAAGGUAUUGUUUGACCUAAAUGCAUGUCUGGCGUUGGUAUUUACGGAACCUUUGUCACAGUUCUUCAAUGUGCCUAGAGUGGAUUUGUGAAUGACUAUAAAAAGGAUGAGCCUGUUCAAAUGGCUAACCAUUAUUGCAUUAAGGUUGCAGAGCAGAAGCAUUGGGAGGACAUUUUGUAUCUCUACAGUUAAUCUAUCUGUCAUAGUUCCAUGUCUCUAGUAUCUACAGUGUAUUUCUGUCUUUCUGGUAAUAUUUUCAACUUAAUCAAAACUGAAGCCUUCAUCAUUUGAGAAUUUGACCUUUUUUACAUCAACCACCUCAUUCAUUCGGUGCGAAUGUGUUAUGAGGUACAGUUUUCUGUCACCAGUUGAGUUAAUGUCCAUGCCAGCAGGAUGACGAAUCAUACCGUACUCUUGUUCAACUCUGUUUUCUAUGAUGUUUAAGUUAGUAAGUCCCAGAUUUUCAAAGAGAGGAUCCUAAUCAUGGGUGCAAAUACUUUGGCUGUCACAAAAAUGUUUCUCCAAUAAUCUCAUGAGUCUUUUAGCAAAUUAACUUAGGUUAAUAGGUAUUGGAAUCAAGGCCGACAGGUUGUAUCAUUGCAGUUCAUAAAACAACAGUUAACUCUAUAAUAACCAGAUUUAUAGCUCUAGCCUAGACUUUUCCAUAGAUGGAGAAGCAAUGCUGCCAGGCUGUACUUCAUUAAUGUUGGGCAGGAACCUUUUAUCUCCAAAUUUCAACUUAUGUUUUUUUUUAUAAGUUAUAAGUGCAAUGAACAUACACAUGCCCAAAGUAUGAACAUUGAUGAGUAACAUGUAUGCUCAACUUGACUUUGUCAGACCAGACCGUCACUGAAUGUAAACGUGGCUAAACAUGCUGCUAAUGUUACAAAAGCCACGGGGAACAGCAACAUGUCUGAUAUUCUACGUUUUCUUACACAUAACAAUAACACACACAAGCUAAUGAAUGGCGUUAGUGCAACCAAGCUAACUUGAAGUUAGCAGCCCAUUUGCGCCAUGAGUUAUGUGGAAAACUUUGCGCUUGCCAUGAAAUUUAUCACAUGCUGAUUGUUGAAUAACGUCAAUGAAUUAAUAAACUCAAAUGCGUGUCUGUGUGUGACUAGCCACCGGCUGCAGGCGUGUUGUGCGCUGCGUGGUGGUGAGCGUGACCAAACAAAGUUAGGACGCAGUAGCAUAGCUGAUCCCUUUUAGCAUCUGACAGACAGAUUACACACACAAUAGGAAGAAAUGUCAUGCAUUUUGAACAUCUGACGAACCACCCACUGACACUUAUGUCCAGUCUCGUUUCGUCAAUGAAAACUCAUGCACGUCUCGUCAUGUAUUAGUCAUCAAAGAGCCAUGCUUAGCUCGUCACUAUCAUGAAAAAAAAGAAAAAAGGGUGUCAACGGAAUAAUUUCAUCAUUGUCAUUGUUGACAAAAACGACUCUGCCUCUGAUGGCUUCAGAGCAAACGAACUAAUGAUGAUGACACGAGCCCACAAUGGAGGAUUCACAGAUAUAUCCAGGAGUAUUUUCCUCAGUCUGGGUUUAGAUUUGUGCAGAAGAACUGUGGAUCUGUUUUAAGGCUGCCUGCCAAUGCUCUUGUGUUAUCUCCCUCAAUCCUCCUGCUAAGAGGAUUUUGAGUGUGAUGAUUAUUUCUUAUGCCGACUAGUGUGGAAACUUGAGGAUGUGGACUAUUUAGCUUCACAAAGUUCAGUAUUUUAAAAAUAUAGGGAGGUGUGAAAAACUCCUGACAAAAGCCACAGAGGAGUACAGAGGAGUGACAAGGAAAAGGGAAUAACUAAGAGUAAAUCCAGUUUAAAUAAAUACCAUUCUCCAUGACACUGACUAGUGGGAGAUAAACCUGAUCAAAAGAAAUUACUUGGAGCCAGUUUGAAACCUUAAGCUAUCAGCUCUUAUACAGCUCCUUUGUUUUUUUGUUUUUUUUGUUAGCCUUUAUUUAACCAGGUCAAUCCCAUUGAGAUACAGUGACCUCUUUUCCAAACAACAGCCUAGAAAAGUUGCGACCAUCAAGAACAAACAGCAACUCGCACAACAACACAAAUACAUGGAAGAUAAAAACAAAAGGACCAACACUCAGAACAAGUGCGAUAUGUAGCUGCUCCAAGGUCUCUCACAUGAGUUUUCAAAGAUCCAGGGGUGAUUAGCUCCUUUACCUAUUUCUGCAGUGAGUUAAGCAGCAGGUGUAGAUUGCAUAAAACAGUGUUUACCAAAUUCAGAAUGAGAUGUGGGCAUGUUUCUUAGGUAGAAAAGAUAAAAGGUCACUGUAAUCAAGGAGGAAGGUGGCAGCAAACAACUUUUUUCUGGUAGCAAAAGGAAAAACAAGACGUGUGAGGGAAAAACAAUCCAAGUUUCAGUCUUAAUAUGUUUACCAGGUUUUCUACAUCUGGUUUAAAAGAAAGACGAUCAUCAUCACAAAGGAACUUGUAACAGGUCAGACGUUCUAUCUCACACCCUUGUAAUGAUAAAAUGUUGCCUCAGCAAGAGUGUAGCCACAGCGAAAUAUAACUGUGUCAUCAGCAUAGACAUGAAAUUUGGCAUUUGGCACAUCUCUGUGUGAUGUCCAGAAGAAGUUUCCCGUUUCUGUGACUGAAAAAGAAUCCAACUUUCAAUCUCAAUUUUUUAUUUUUUUUUUACCAGGUUUUCCACAUGUAGCUUAAAAGAAAGACUAUCAUCAAUUAAUAGGCCAAGGAACUUGUAACAGAUCAGUAGUUCUAUCUCACACCAUUGUAAUGAUAAACUGUUGGGAGGAGAUAGAGAUGAGACAGCUUUUAAAACUAGUCUUAGUUCAAUGAGCUGACAGUCUACAAGGUUAAAAGGGAUCGGGAAGCUUCUAAGGGUCUCAACAGGAGUGCAGCCACAGCAAUAUAUGACUGUAUCAUGAGCAUAGGAAUGAAAUUUGGCAUUUGGGACAUCUCUGACCAAGUCAUUUACAUAAGUAACAAACACAAUAGGGCCCAAAUCUGAGCCCUGGGGCACGCUGUAAAAGAAGGAGGAAGCUCACAGUGUUAAAAUGAUUCUAAAAAAAACAUCAAACCUCUUCUUUCUAAUCAGCUCAGAGUCUCAGUUCAAACUGUUAAGGAUUUAGGGCGCCUUGGACAUCGAAUUGAAAAGGACCAGCCAAUUUGAAUACAGUCAGAGAAUAGGUAUUAUUUUAGUAUUAUUAUUGUUUAUUUAGCCUUUAGAUAACGAGGUUUGUCCCAUUGAGGUCAAAUAUAUCAUGGCCAAGAGUGACAGCAACACAGAGAUGACAUAAACACAUAAGAUCAGAGAUGAAUAACACAGAAACGCUUGGGGCAACAUGCAUACAGACAAACAUGACUCAACAGUUUUCACCAUCUUUUUAAACUCAUUUAGCGAUACCAAGUUUGUACGCUGGUCAGUAUUAAUAUAUUACAAAUGAUUAAAGAUCGAGAUAAGAGCCUUAGGAAACUUAGGAAACCUAAAGAAAACUACUUUCUUUAUAUAAUAGUAAAUAAUAAAUGACGUAGCCUAAUGGUUGUCCCCCUUUUUAAGGAUGACCCUCAAAAUUAUAGACCAAUGAGCAUCCUUCCAAGGUCCCUCCAAGAGAUCCUCUUGGGCCCCAACCUGCUCUGUAAAACUCUCUUUUGAUUUUUUGCAGGAUUGCUUUCUGCAAAUAAAACAACCAAUGAAUCUUUCUGAGGAAAAAGACAUCUAUUGGUGAGUCCAGUCCAUUACUCUCUCGUGCACAGGAAUGUUGUUGUCUGUUAAGGUGUAGAAUUGACAUUAACUGUUGAGCUGACGAGCAAUAGACAAGGCUGCAUUUCAAUGUUGUUGAGCCGACCCCACCCAGAUUGGCUGGUCUCCCUGGUUUUCCAGGUCUGACCAGCUGGUACAAAUGUGAUAGGAUUAAAGGAGGAGUAGGAGUAAAGCCAACAUCUUGUUACAUGGCGUCCAACGUUUGAGGCGUGAGGACAGUUGAAAGGUUACUGUUAAACUUUAAGUCUUCAGGGUGGUAUAUCCACCAAAGUAGCCAUUUAACAAGUUGACGGACAGACUGAUCAUCUGUCACUUGGAAACAAAGACUAGACUCAGAGGAGUCUUUAAGAGGUACUACAGUAUGGUCCACAUAAAAGAAAAGUUAAAGAAAUGGCCUCAGAAGGGGGACACCAAAAUACUGAAACUGCCUGUGAUUAGUGGAGGUGAGACUCAUGAGUUAGACACAGACUGCAUUCAGGAACAUAGUGAGGGAGAAGACUCAACUCAGACAAUGAGGGUUAGGAAAACAACUUAAUUUAUCGUGGUACUUGGGACCAAACAUUGCCCACCACAGAGACAGCCCCCAAAUUACCAAGCAUUAGGUGAAGUGAGACAAAUAGGAAGUCAGUUAGACUGACCCAAUCAAGCAUCCACACCAAAUUCAGGAAAGGGUCAGGGACUAAGUGGGAGAUCCAGUCAUUCAGUGACACUCACACAGGACAGGUGAAGAACAGUUUUAGGGCAUUACAGGAAGAGCAGACUGCGAUUGAAAAUGUUCAUUAAUGUACAUUGUCCCUCUACAACAAAUUAAGGUGAAUGAAUGAAUGAAUGAAUGAAAAGGUCAGACUGUAAAUUGUUCAACACACCAGGAGCAGGAAACUCAAAAGCUGCCUGUCACAAUUCUGUUCGUACCUCAGGAACCACAGAUUGUAGUAUAUCCAUAUAGGAAUAUAUAGGAAACAUUUCAAGGCAUUCGUGUACAACAUAUCACUGUAAUGAACAGACGAAAAUGUAGACUCCAAACCUCAGGUAUUUAAGAGUGGAAACCAACUAAAUUUGGUGUCCAUUUGUGGUAAGAAUUUACUUGUUUCAGUGACUGAAAAAGAAUCCAACUUUCAAUCUUUUUUUUUUUUCAACCAGGCUUUACACAUGUAGCUUAAUGUUGGGAAGAGAUACAGGUAAUUCCCUGCCACUGGGGAAAAAAAAAACAUCAGUUUAGUUUUGGCUGUAUUUAAAACUAGCCUUAGUUCAAUGAGCUGAAAAUAAACAAGGUUAAUAGUGAUUUGUUAGUUGCCAAAGGCCUCAGCAAGAGUGCAGCCACAGCAAUAUAUGAUGGGUCAUCAGCAUAGAAAGGAAAUUUUGCGUUUGGCGACAUCUCUGACCAACGUAUUUACAUAAAUAACAAACAGAAUAGGGCCCAAAUCUGAGCCCUGGGGCACGCUGUAAGAGAAGGAAGAAGCUAGCAGUGUUAAAAUUAUUCUGAAAAAACAUCAAACCUCUUCUUUGUAAUCAGCUCAGAGACUGAGUUCAAACUGUUAAGGAUUUAGGGCGCCUUGGACAUCAAUUUGAAAAAGACCAGCAACUUGAAUACAAUCAGAGAAUAGGUAUUAUUAUUAUUGUUAUGUAGCCUUUAAUUAAGGAGGUUCGUCCCAUUGAGGUCAAAAUGUUGAAAAUGUUCAUUAAUGUACAUUGUCCCUCUACAACAAAUUAAGGUGAAUGAAUGAAUGAAUGAAUGAAUGAAUGAAUGAAAAGGUCAAACUGUAAAUUGUUCAACACACCAGGAGCAGAAAACUCAAAAGCUGCCUGUCACAAUUCUGUUCGUACCUCAGGAACCACAGAUUGUAGUAUAUCCUUAGGAGACUGUCUUUUCCACAUUUCAAGGCAUUCGUGUACAACAUAUGACUGUAAUGAACAGGUAAAAAGGUAGACUCCAAAGUGGAAACCAACUAAAUUUCUAAAUUUGGUGACCAUUUAUGUUAAGAAUUUUCCCGUUUCUGGGACUUUUUUUUUUUUAAACACAAAUAGUUUAAUGUUGGGAGGAGAUACAGGUAAUUCCCUGUCAUUCACCAGCAAUCAUUGAAACGUUAUUGGCAGAACAACUAAUUUGUCAUCUCAAUUCUAGUCAACUCCUACAUCCCGUGCAAUAUGGCUUUAGGGUCCACCAAUCAACAGAAACGGCAACUCCUUUAUUGAAAGGAUUAAGUCUUUAAUGGACAGAGGGGGUGCAGUUGGUGCAAUUUUUUUUUAGAUCUUCAAAAAGCCUUUGACACUGUUAAUCAUAAUAUUGUCCAGUCUAAAUUUGGUCAACUUAUUUUUUCUCAAUUUACUUCAAGCUGGUUCAAAUCAUAUCUUGCUAACCAUUCUCAGUGUGUUAAAAUACAAAAUCUUCUUUCAAUGAUCUCCUCACAGAUGUUACCCAAGAUUCAAUCCUGGGUCCACUCCUUUUCAGCCUGUAUAUAAACAAUUCACCAUCUGUGUGACAAAGGCUGUGAGGUCAUUAAGUAUACAGAUGAUACCAUGAUUUUGGUAAAGGGUAAAGAUCACUUUGAAGCUUCUGCACAGCUUACAGAAGUCAUGGUAAACAUUUCAUACUGGCUUAAUAACUAGCAUUUACUACUUAAUUCUUCUAAAAUUGUUGAUAUUUUUUUUAUUUAUUUAUUUUUUGCCAAAAUUAACAAAUCAUUCACAGAAGCUGAUGUUUUUAUAUCUGGACAGAGAACCCAAAUUGUAAAUUAAUAUAAAUUUCUAGGAACCAUGUUAGCCAGCAAUCUCACUUUUAAACAUGUUAAAAAGGUGAGCAAAAUUCUCAAAUCUACACUCAUAAAUUUCAGGCAUCUUAGAAAUCAUAUGUCUACAGAAGCAGUCAUAGCCAUGUACAAACAAACUCUCAAAAUCAUGGAUAAAAAAGGAAAAAUCAAGAUCCUUCUGUCAUUGUAUAAUCCUCAAUAAAAGUUUCUGAGUUGGAACGGUGUUGUUAUUUUCAAGUGCAUGGUUUACAUCUUUUUUGCUUGUGGAUUAAUGUGAAUAAAAAGGUCAGACUGUAAAUUGUUCCACACACCAGUGGCAGAAAACCCAAAAGCUGUCUUUCACAAUUCAGUUUGUACCUCAAGAACCACAGAUUGUAGAAUAUCCUUAGGAGACUGUGUUUUCCACAUUUCAACCUUCGAAAAGACGAUUACUAAGGCUAAUAAGGUAAGAAUGGUUUGUCAGAGCCCCAUGAUACACGCUAUCCAGCAUUUGACAGACAGUGAGCAGAGGCAUUCAUGUACAACACAUUACUGUAAUGAACAGGUAAAAAGGUAAACUCCAAACCCCAGGUAUUUAAGAGUGGAAACCAACCAAAUUUGGUGUUCAUUUAUGUUAAGGAUCUUCUCCUUUGUGACUGAAAAAGAAUCCAACUUUCUCUUUUCUCUUUCUUUUUUACCAGGUUUUCCCUCAUGUACUUUAAAACAAAGAUGGUCAUCAAUUAAAAUGCCAAGGAACUUGUAACAGGUCAGAUGUUCUAUCUCACACCACUGUAAUGAUAAAAUACUGGGAGGAUAGAGGUGCCAUUGGAAAAAAUCAUCAGUUCAGUUUUGGCUGCAUUUAAAACUAUUCUUAGUUCAAUGAGCUGACAAUCUACAAGGUUAAAAGUGCUCUCUAAGUUGCCAAAGGCCUCAGCAAGAGUGCAGCCACUGCAAUAUAUAAUGGGUCAUCAGCAUAGAAACGAAAUUUUGCAUUUGGCGACAUCUCUGACCAAUGUAUUUUACAUAAAUAACAAACAGAAUAGGGCCCAAAUCUGAGCCCUGGGGCACGCUGUAAAAGAAGGAGGAAGCUAGCAGUGUUAAAAUGAUUCUAAAAAAUAUCAAACCUCUUCUUUCUAAUAAGCUCAGAGGCUGAAUUCAAACUGUUAAGGAUUUAGGGCGCCUUGGACAUCAAUUUGAAAAGGACUAGCAACUUGAAUACAAUCAGAAAAUUGGUAUUAUUAUUAGUAUUUAUGUAGCCUUUAGUUAAGGAGGUUUGUCCCAUUGAGGUCAAAUAUAUCUUGGCCAAGAGUGACAGCAACACAAUUUCAACAGGAAAUGAGUUGACUAAUCACACUUUUAAACAUAUUAAGAAAGUGAGCAAAAUUCUCAAAUCUACAUUCAAAUUUCAGGCAUCUCAGAAAUCAUAUGUCUACAGAAGCAGUCAUUGCCAUGUACAAACAAACUCUCAAAAUCCUGGAUUAAAAUAAUAAUAAUAAUAAUAAUCAAGAUCCUUCUAUCAUUGCAUAAUCCUCAAUAAAUAUAAGUUUCUGAGUUGGAGCAGUGUUGUUAUUUUCAAGUGCAUGGUUUACAUCUUUUUUUUUUCUCGCUUGUGAAUUAAUGUGAAUGAAAAGGUCAGACUGUAGGCUGUUCCACACACCAGAGCAGAAAACCUAAAAGUUGUCUUUCAUAAUUCAGUUUGUAACUCAGGAACCAUAGAUUGUAGUAUAUCCUUAGGAGACAUAUCACAUUUCAACCUUCAAAAAGACAAUUACUAAAGCUAUGGUAAGAAUGGUUUGUCAGAGCCCCAUGAUACACGCUAUCCAGCAUUUGACAGACAGUGAGCAGAGGCAUUCAUGUACAACACAUCACUCUAAUGAACAGGUAAAAAGGUAGACUCCAAAUCCCAGGUAUUUAAGAGUGGAAACCAACUAAAUUUGGUGUUCAUUUAUGUUAAGAAUUUUCUCCUUUCUGUGACUGAAAAAGAAUCCAACUUUCAAUCUCUCUCUCUCUCUUUUUUUAAACCAGGUUUUAUACAUGUACUUUAAAAGAAAGACGAUCUUCAAUUAAAAUGGCAAGGAACUUGUAACAGGUCAGAUGUUCUAUCUCACUCCCUUGUAAUGAUAAACUGCUGGGAGGAUACACAGGUACUUUCCUGCCAUUGAAAAAAAAAAACAUCAGUUUACUUAUGGCUCCGUUUAAAAAUAGUUUUAGUUUGAUGAGCUGACAAUCAACAAGGUUAAAAGCAAUCUGUUAUUUGCCAAGGGCCUUGGCAAGAGUGCAGCCACAGCAAUAUAUGACUGCAUCAUCAGUAAAGAAAUGAAAUUUGGCAUUUGGCAACAUCUCUGCCCAAUUCAUUUACAUAAAUAACAAACAGAAUAGGGCCCAAAUCUGAGCCCUGGGGCACGCUGUAAAAUAAAGAGGAAGCUAGCAGUGUUAAAAUGAUUCUAAAAAACAUCAAACCUCUUCUUUCUAAUCAGCUCAGAGACUGAGUUCAAACUGUUAAGGAUUUAGGGCACCUUGGACAUCAAUUUGAAAAAGACCAGCAACUUGAAUACAAUCAGAGAAUAGAUGUUAGAAUUUAAUAGUAAAUAAUAAAUGACAUGGCAGAAAAUAUAUUAACUGGACAAAAAUAAUCAUGAAAGCAGAUUGAACUGAGAAUCAAUGACACUCCAACAAACGAGAAGAUUGACAUAGCCGAAGCCUUAAAUAAUUAUUUUGUGGAAUCUGUAUCUAUUGUUACCAACAGUUUUCCCUUACAUCAGCAGUAUAGCGUCACAGUACCAAAUCCUGCUGUACACAUCUUCAAUUAGAAAGAGCAUCUGAAACUCAAGUAGCAAAGAUGAUUGACUCAUUCAAACCUAAAAGGUCAAAGGAUGUGUAUGAAACAGGACUUUACCUGUUUACUGAUUAAACCUAUUGUUCACAUUGUGAAUAUUUCAUUUACUUAGGGCAGGGGGAGUUUCCCUGAAUAUUGGAAGCUGAGCUUUUGUCCCCCUUUUUAAAAGUGACCCUAAAAAUUAUAGGCCAAUGAGCAUCCUUCCUGUCUUUCACCAGCAGUCAUUCAAAAGUUAUUGGCAGACCAACUAAUUUGUCAUCUCAAUUCUAGUCAGCUCCUACAUCCCAUGCAAUAUGACUUUAGAGUCCACCACUCAACAGAAACGGCAACUGUCUACUUUAUUGAAAGGAUUAAGUCUUUAAUGGACAGAAGGGGUGUGGUUGGUGCAAUUCUUUUUUCGAUCUUCAAAAAGCCAUUGACACUGUUAAUCAUAAUAGUGUCCAGUGUAAAUUUGGUCAACUUAUCUUUUUUCCCAAUUUACAGUGUAUUAAAAUACAAAAUCUUCUUUCAAUGAUCUCCUCACAGAUGUUCCCCAAGGUUCAAUCCUGGGUCCACUCCUUUAUAGUCUGUAUAUGUACGAUCCACCAUCUGUAUGGUAAAGGCUGUGAGGUCAUUAUGUAUACAGAUGAUACCAUGAUUUUGGUCAAGAGUAAAGAUCAA